AUGAGCUACGCAAGCGGCCUACCAGCCCAUAAGGAGCUCUUUCUGUUUGUAGCUCGGUCGUCUACCGGAAGCCGUGCCGAGCAGAUACCAUUUCUCGAACGCAGUUUGAAACUGACCAAGAAAUCAUACGAGGAGGAUUAUGGGCCCCUGCGUUGUUCAGAUGCGACUUCAUCCAACGCUCCGUUCCCGCACAGAGGGGAGACAAGCAAUUUGUUCGCUAGCCUUCGCGACGAUGUUGAAAAGUAUGAUGGACGACUGAUCGUAGUGAUCAAUGGCUGGGAUGGAUUGACCACAGACCGACAUAGCUUCGUGAAGCUGUUUUCCGCCUGA